AAGAAGGAAUCCCACAGCCCAACCCACAUGAUAAUAUUACAUGUUACAUGUUGAUAUUAUGUAAUAAGAUGCUCCUUCAAAAUUAUUGAGCAGUAUUAGCUGUUUUCUUCACUCAUUCACUCCUCUCUUCUUCUUCUUCUUCUUCUUCUUCCUCUCUACCCAUCUUUCUUUCCUGUUUUUCUUUUUAAUAAUCUCUAGCCACCACCGCCGCCGCCGACGAGCAGUUACAUUUCAGGAUCUGUAGUGUCGGUGUUGCUGGUGGCCUUCCUUUUCUUUGUUUAUUUAUAUCUUUCAGUGGCUGCAAGGGAUUUGAUUCCGGACUCGAACUGAAACUCAAAAUUCAGACUGAUCUAAGAAAAUGAGUAUGUACGGGAGAGAUCCGUGGGGGGGUCCUCUCGAAAUAAACGCAGCCGACUCUGCCACCGACGACGACAGGAGUAGGAAUCUAAACGACAUAGACAGAGCUGCACUUUCAAGACCACUAGACGAGACUCAACAGAGCUGGCUGCUUGGUCCUGCUGAGCAAAAGAAGAAGAAGAAGUAUGUAGAUCUUGGUUGCAUCAUUGUCAGCCGCAAGAUCUUCGUUUGGACUGUUGGUGCUCUUGUAGUAUCUGCUCUCUUGGCAGGUUUCAUUACUCUCAUCGUCAAAACAGUCCCUCGCCAUCACCACUCUAAGCCUCCUCCUGACAAUUACACCCUCGGCCUUCAUAAGGCUCUCAUGUUCUUCAAUGCCCAGCGCUCUGGACGGCUUCCAAAGCACAAUAAUGUGUCUUGGAGGGGUAGUUCUUGUGUGAACGAUGGCAAAUCAGCUACUGGUACUAUCUUUAAAGAUCUCGCUGGUGGCUACUACGACGCUGGUGAUGCUAUUAAAUUCCAUUUCCCUAAAUCUUUUGCUCUCACAAUGCUGAGCUGGAGUGUGAUCGAGUACAGCGCUAAAUAUGAAGCUGCUGGUGAGCUUAAUCAUGUUAAAGAAAUUAUUAAAUGGGGAACUGAUUACCUUCUCAAGACCUUCAAUCAUACUGCUGAUACCAUCAGCACCAUUGCUGCUCAGGUUGGUUCAGGGGAUACUUCUGCUGGAAGCACAAACCCAAAUGAUCAUUAUUGCUGGAUGAGACCUGAGGAUAUUGAUUAUCCUAGACCUGUUACCGAGUGUCACAGUUGUUCUGAUCUUGCUGCUGAAAUGGCUGCUGCCUUAGCUUCUGCAUCCAUUGUUUUCAAGGAUAACAAAGCCUACUCCCAGAAACUUGUCCAUGGUGCUGCAACUCUCUUUAGAUUUGCAAGGCAACAGCGUGGUAGAUACAGUGCUGGUAGUGCUGAGGCUGCCAUCUUUUAUAAUUCCACUAGCUAUUGGGAUGAGUUUAUUUGGGGUGGAGCUUGGCUCUAUUAUGCUACUGGGAAUAAUUCUUAUCUUCAGCUUGCUACUACUCCUGGUCUCGCCAAGCAUGCUGGGGCUUUCUGGGGAGGCCCUUUCUACGGUGUUCUUAGCUGGGACAACAAGCUUGCUGGUGCUCAGGUGCUUCUAAGUCGUUUGAGAUUGUUCUUGAGCCCUGGUUACCCAUAUGAAGAAAUAUUAAGAACAUUUCACAAUCAAACCAGCAUUAUCAUGUGUUCUUACCUACCAGUUUUCACAAGCUUUAACAGAACCCGAGGAGGAUUGAUCCAGUUAAACCAUGGAGCACCUCAGCCACUUCAGUAUGUUGUCAACGCAGCCUUCUUAGCCACCCUGUAUAGUGAUUAUCUUGAAGCUGCAGAUACACCUGGAUGGUACUGUGGACCAGAUUUCUACUCAACUAAGGUCUUGCGUGAUUUUGCCAAGACCCAGAUUGAUUACAUUUUGGGAAAAAAUCCUCGGAAAAUGAGUUAUGUUGUGGGGUUUGGCAAUCAUUAUCCAAAACAUGUCCACCACAGAGGUGCAUCCAUCCCUAAGAACAAGAUUAAGUAUAACUGCAAAGGAGGAUGGAAGUGGAGGGACACCUCAAAGCCAAACCCAAAUACAAUUGUUGGAGCCAUGGUUGCUGGCCCUGACAGGCAUGAUGGUUUCCAUGAUGUUCGUACCAACUAUAAUUAUACAGAGCCAACUCUUGCUGGCAAUGCAGGUUUAGUUGCGGCACUUGUGGCUUUGUCCGGUGACGGAACUACUAAGAUUGACAAGAAUACUAUUUUCUCAGCAGUUCCUCCAAUGUUUCCCACUCCACCACCACCUCCAGCACCCUGGAAACCAUAAGCCGCCUGUAUUUUUGAGUUAAAGUUGUCUCGUGUGACUUAUAAUUAGAUGAUUUUGGUGAAGCAGAUCUUGCAACUUAGACCCCCUUGGAAGUUAAUGAUAAUGCAAAUUUAAGGAAGAUGGGCCAUAGGAAAAAAGAAAUGCAGCGGAGAAUGUUUGCGAAGACAGUUGGGCAAGGCCUGGUGUACUCAGAUAAACAGUCAGAAGUUGAUGUUUUGUAUCUCGAAUGUCUCUUUGUUUGGAUUUUGUGAUAUACAUAGUAUAAUGUGUAUGAUAUAAAUCUUGUAUUCUUUGAAACACGUGAAUCUGAACAGUUCAAAAUUGAUUAACAAUAAACUCCAUAAUGUCUAACUGGUA